AUGGCUACAGAAGUUGUUGGAGCAGAAUGGUCGGGUCUAAGGUGGACUGCAAUAUUGCUUGUGACUGGUUUUCUUGUACUUGCUUCAGCACAAGGAACCAGGUUGGAGCAAGAUGAUGCUUCUUCCAGAUACAUUAAUGGGACUCAAAAGUUUCAAUCUGAUAAUGAUCUAUUUACCAGAGUGUUCAACUUUCUAUGGCAACAAGGUCCAGGAUUAUGGAGUUAUGAGCAUGUUUGGCCUGAAAUGAAAUUGGGCUGGAAAAUUGUGGUGGGUUCAGUAAUUGGAUUCUUUGGGGCUGCUUUUGGGACUGUUGGUGGAGUUGGUGGGGGUGGCAUUUUUGUUCCAAUGCUCACUCUGAUUAUUGGGUUUGAUCAGAAAUCAUCAACAGCAAUAUCAAAGUGGACAUCAACUAGGGCAUUCUUCAAGGGCAUUGAGACGUGGAAGAAGGAAACUAUAAUGAAAGAGGAGGCUGCUAGACGACAAAUGCAUUCGAAUGGGGAUCCUAGGGAAGAAGUUGAAUACAAACCUCUACCUGGUGGCCCAAGCAUUGGCACUCCAACAGAAAUCAGGGAACCUAAAAGAACAGAGGUUCCUAUCAUUGAGAAUCUUUACUGGAAGGAACUUCUAGUUCUUGUUGCUGUCUGGGUCAUAAUACUUGCAUUGCAGAUUUCUAAGAAUUAUACCACAACUUGUUCAGCUGCAUAUUGGGCAUUAAACCUCUUGCAGAUCCCUGUUGCUUUCUCAGUAACUACAUAUGAGGCAGUUAACCUGUACAUGGGACGUAGAGUGAUUACAUCCAAGGGCGAAUCGCGCACAGAUUGGAAAGUGUACCAGCUUGUUCUUUAUAGUGCCUGUGGCAUCGUAGCUGGUAUAGUUGGUGGAUUGCUUGGUCUUGGUGGAGGGUUCAUUUUGGGUCCUGUUUUUCUGGAGCUGGGAAUCCCACCUCAGGUUUCAAGUGCCACAGCCACAUUUGCCAUGACAUUUUCCGCCUCCAUGUCUGUUAUAGAGUACUACCUCCUACAUCGUUUUCCAGUUCCUUACGCUCUCUAUCUUGCUGCUGUAGCCACCCUUUCUGCCGUUGUAGGGCAACAUGUAGUGAGAAAGGUGGUCAUGAUUUUAGGGAGAGCAUCUAUAAUUAUCUUCAUUCUGGCCUUCACAAUCUUUGUGAGUGCAAUAUCAUUAGGUGGGGUUGGAAUAGCAGAUACGAUUGAAAAGAUUGAGCACAAAGACUAUAUGGGAUUUGAAAACAUCUGCACUUACGAUGCCUAG